GCUCAAGGGCGCGGUCCCCAGGCUUGCGCCUGGUCGCGGGGGCGUGCCUCCCGUCUUCCUCUCUCCCACCUCGGUCCGCAUGGAGGCGGAGGCGAGCAGCUCGCCGGCUGGGGCUGGCAUCGGUUCGGGCGCAGUCUUGAACGCGAUCUUCGGGAUCCACGUCGUGCGCAGGGCGCUGCAGGAGUCCCUGCUGCGCCGAGCGGUGGAGGUGGCAGCGGCGCAGGCCGUCGGUGGUGGCGGCAGCGCGCAGGCCAUCGCCGAGGAAGAAGGCCGUGUGCUCAAGGACCUGGAGGUCAUCUGGGAGCAGGCGGGCCAGCGCCUGGAGCUGGGACGCAAGGCUACCCUCGGGGAGGUCGCCAGCGAGCUGGUCGCGAGGAAGCAGCGGCCGCUGGCGAAGGAGCCCAGCGCGGUGAACAAGGCGAGGAUGGUGGUGGCCCAUCCGCCUGUUUCGCUACGGCAGCGUGUUGGCGCUGCCUUGCUGCCCCCGAAGGGCAGCGACGCCGACGGCAUGGCGGACGCCGCGGCGAGCGACCGCGUGGAGCUCGUGGCCGGGGCGGAGCGCAGGGCGGCCGUCCUGGGGGCGCAGCUUGCCGAAGCGCGGGCUGAGCAACUCCAGCAGGUCGAGGUGCUCGAGGCAAAGCUCGACGACGUCGCCCGCGCGGCGGUUGCGGCCGAUGCGAGGGCCCAGGCAGCAGUGGCGAAGGCGGAGCACAGCGAGGAAGCUGCAGCCGCAGUGCGCCCUGGGCUUGGAGGGCGAGCGGGACGCGGCACUCGAGCAGGCGGCGGGGGCCCCGCGGGUUGUCGGGCGCGAGGCCGCCCGCCUCCAGCAGCAGCUCGCGGCUGAGCGGGUCGCCGGGGAGGCCGCUGGCUGCGCGGCCGCGCCUGGCCCAGGCGGCUGCGGAGUCGCAGUGGCUGGGCCUGGCCGGCGCAUGGCGCCCGCUGUUGCAUUUUUGUGCUUGGUGUGUCGAUGGUGCUUCUGGUGCUUGUCAUGGCAGUGGUGUUAUGCAAUGCUCUGAUUGUUCACGCGGUGUUCCAUCGCAGCGUGCUGCAGAAGGGGCCACGCACACAUGGACAAUGUGCAGCUUGUGUUGGAAGUGGUAUGUUGCCUGGCGAGCUGGGGCGCCGUCCCCAGGAGUCGCCAGAAGGGUUUUGCUUGGCCGUGCAAGCGCUUUCCUGGAGAGCUGGGGCGCUGUCCCCAGUAGUCGCCAGAAGGGUGUCGCUUGGCCGUGCAAGCUCACAUUUUCCCGCUGCUGUUUAUAUAGUUGCAUUUUAUGCUUGAGGUGUUGUUGGUGUUUCUUGCGACUGGCAGUGGCAGUUUGCAGUAUUCUGAUCGGCCCAUCACAUUGCAUUGCAUUUCCCUGAGCCUGGCGUGCUGGGGCGCCGUCCCCAGGAGUCGCCAGAAGGGUUUCGCUUGACCGUGCAUUUACUUUCCUGGAGAGCUGGGACGCUGUCACCAGUAGUUGCCAGAAGGGUGUCGCUUGGCCGCGCAAGCUCACGUUACCCGCUGCCGUUUUUAUAGUUGCAUUUUUGUAUUUGAGGUGCUGUUGGUGCUUCUGGCGAUUGGCAGUGGCAGUUCGCAAUGCUCUGAUCGGCCCAUCUCGGUGUAUUGCAUUUCCCUGAGCCUGGCGCGCUGGGACGCUGUCCCCAAAUGUCGCCACAAGGGCUUCGCUUGGCCGUGCAAGCGCGCGCCCUGGGACGCUGUCCCCAGGGGUCGCCAGAAGGGCUUCGCUUGGCCGAGCAAGCAUAUUGUGCACCUUGCUUCACCAGUUAUCCUUGCGAUGCUGGUACUUUUCCACUUUGGUUUCGGUGCGCUUCGCGCUCUGUGUCAUAAGAGUGGUCUUGAGGCCUCAGUGGCUUCAGUGGCUGGCUGGCCGCACUCAGGCAUUUGUGGCUUUUUGGGCAGGGAUGUCUUCAUUUCGCUCGUGGCUCGGACGCUGUCUCUUCGAUAGUUCGACACACGCACACGCACACGCACACGCACGCACG